AUGACCAAGGGAAGAUACAAUCCUAAGACGAUUGGGGAUUAUCGGAGAAACUAUCAAAUAGAUAAUAACUUAUUUCUUGAGAAUGAAUCAGAUUCUCAAACGGGGUGCCAUAUGCGUAACCAAAGAAAUAGGUUCUUUUAUUUUUUGCUCAAGACGUGUACAUUUGUUGUUUUAGCAUCAACAUGGCAAAAUUCCGAUAAGACGCAUACUACCUCAACCUUUGGUGAAUCAUGGGUUAAGAGAAGGAGAGCAAAUGAAAUAGGCGUAAGGUUGGGAAGAUUGCUAAUUGGAGAUACAAAUAUAAGCCUUGAGCCAUGUUAUGCUCUUUAUGAAGACAGAGAAGCAGAUGUGCUAGGAGAAAAUUACCAUUCUUCUAAAAAGCGUCCACAAGAAAUAUUCCUCCGUAGCAAUUUUCAAAAUAAUUUAGAUUAUUCAUUAUACAAUAAUAAAGGUGUGGGAGAGAGUAACAUGCAAGCUAGGGAAAAUGGUAAUAAUAGUAGAAGUAUGACGAGCGAGUCAUUUGAUUCGUUAAGUUUCUCUAACGAUUUUCAUCAAGCAAAUGAUGCUCCAAAUGAUAAAAAUGAAUUAGGAAUAAGGUUUGACACCAUGGAGCAUUGCAGUAACUUUAAAGGCGAUAUUUAUUACGGAAAACAGGAUGAAAGUUCUGUAAAUCGUUGCACUAACCUAGAAAAUAGUGGGAGCAAUGAUAAUAAUAAAGGACAUAAUCCAAAUUAUAAUUCUAUGAUAAAUGCUGAGGAAUCAUUCCGUUCACCAAAUGUUAGUAAAGCAGCUGGGUCAAGUAACCCAGGAGAAGGUGACCAUAUUUCUUCAGAACAACUGGGAGAUUUAAAAAAUUACAAUAAUUUUAAAGAAAAUUGUGAUGAAACACAGGACGAUGAAGAUUUUAAAGUGAAUUAUUCAUCAUUACAAUUUGAUUGCGGUGAAAGCAGAACACUUGAUAAUUUUAAAUAUAGUGGUAAUAUGAAGGAGGAUGUACCAUUUGAUAAUAUGCAAGGUAGUAAUAGGAGCUCAAGUAAACAAUUUGAGGUACCAAGUGUUAAUGUCAGUUUUGAUAAAUCUCACGAUACGUUAAAGGAGUACAGUGAUUUUAAAGAUAAAGUUAAUAAAAUAAAAAUGGAUAGUGAUUUUACGGAAGGCUUUUACUCAUUAAAAGGAGUUAGUAAUGUAAAUGCAUCUUUUGGUAAAAUUACGGGUGACAUUAAUGGAGACGGAGAAAUUAAUAAAAAUGAUAAUGUUUCUAGUGGCUGUAAGUUUGAACAAAAUUAUAAAGCAUCAUCCAAUAAUGAAGAUUCGGAGAGGAUAUCUGAUUUACUGAAGCAUUACAACGAUUUUAAGGGAGAAGCUAAUGCAGAAACAUUUGAUGAUAAAUUUGAAAAGGGAUAUAUGACAUUAAAUCCUGAUGAUGGGGUAAACACACAGGUGAAGCAACAAGGAGGAGAUGCGAAGGAAGUUAAUGAAAUAACUGAUGAAUUGCCAAAUGAAGAUAAUUUUGAAAAUAUAUUUGAAAAAUAUAGGAGAGAUAACCAUUUUAAGAAGUUACACAGUUCAUUAAUGCGUACUGCCAACACGGAAAAGCAUUUUGAUAAAAUUAAUGAUGAUUAUAAUUAUGAUAAAAAAUAUGAUAUAUUAAGAUCUGGUGAAAGCGAUGUUCAUAAUUCACAGGGCAAGCGAAACUCGGAUGAAAAUAAUGACGAUCAUUAUAAAGAAGAUUUAGAGCAAAUACUUAAUUUAUUGAAAUAUCAUAAUGCUUUUAAGGAACAAGUGAAUGAAGAUAAAAUUGAUAACGCUACUGAAAAUGGGGUUAAUAUAUUAACGAAGCACGAUAUUCCUAGAAAUGGGGUACAUCCGUCAAAAAGUGAUUCACACGGUGGCAAAAAAAAAAGUGGAAAUAUGAAUGGGAGGAAUAAUGCAAACAGACGAUUUCAGGAAUCGAGAAUAGACCUAAACAGUUAUAAUAACCCAGUUAAUAGAUCCCCUAAUGGUGGUAGAAAUUAUAAGAAUCGAAAUAAUGGAUAUAGAAACUAUGGAAGUAAUGCUCAAAACCCAUUGGAUGUAUUUAAAAACGAGCAAGAUUAUUCCAAUGAAAACUUGCAUAUCUUUAACGGUAUGAGCAAAUUUGGAAAGGAAAUUUACCCAUCAAGGUUUCACGAAAACAAUGAUAAUGAACAGCCAAAGGGAUCGAAAACUGAAAAUGAUGAAAGCGACCAUGGUGAAUAUGCAGAUGAUGAAUAUGAAGACGAGCAUGUUGGAGGGGAAUGUAGAAGGUAUAAUGAAGGUAAAAAACAUGAUUAUGGUACCCAAGGUGUUUACAGAUAUUAUGAUAAUCGUAUAAAUAUUUUAAGACAGGACAAACUUGCUCCGGAAUUCCAAAAAUUAGAAGAAUAUAAAGAUAAUACUGAAGUAGUUACUACAAUGCUCGAAAGUACGGGAAAUUCUGAGGAACAAUUCGGUGAGACUUUAAAAGAUGUUGUAAAUGUCGAGGAAUCGUUAGAUGUUACACCAGGAGAUAAUACAAAUGCUAUCGAACAAUACGACGGUACUUUAAAAGACAAUGUUAGUCUUAAGGAGCAACUUAAUGUGUCAGAAGAUCACCAAGAUAACAAACAAUUUGGUAAAUCAAAAGAUGAAGAGCGAGGCAGCAUCGGAUGUGACGAAUUGGAUGAUGACAGAAUUAUAUGUACACUUCGCAAAUCAGAGUGUGGUGACGAAAGAAACCAUGUAACUUAUAAAUCCAGAAAAAUUGGUAACACAAACGACGGUGCAAUUGAUAGAUCAAAAAUGGCUGCUGACAAAAGGAACCAUAUAACAGAAAAAUUAAAAAGGAUUGAUGACAGAGAUAGUGAUAUCCAUGAUCACUCACGAAGUGGAGAGAGAAAUAGCGAUAAAAAGGGAGACACAAAUGACAAAAAACGUAAUGAAAAAAAUAGUUUUAUAGAUGGUAACUCCAAAAAUGAUGACAACACUAGUGUUAUAUCCGAUAAAUCCAUGGGUGAUAGAAAUAAAAAAAAUUCACAUACUUAUAAAAAGGAUAACGCUAAAGAUAAAGGGAAGAUCACUGAAUUAAUCAACACAGAUAAUUACCAUAAUAAACAUUUGAAUGAUAUAGAACUUAUGGACGAUUUUAAUAGAAUGUUUAAUAUUUUACAGAAUUCUGUUGCUACAAAGGAAAGAUUCGAAGCAUUGGAACAUUAUGAGAUGUUAAAAAAAGAGAUCCUUAAUAUACAACUUGAAAAAGAUUUUGAGCAUGUAAUUAAUAAAAUAGAGCAUCGUACCUAUAAUAAAGGAUCGUUAUAUGCACCAAAGGAGGAAUAUGGGAACUCAUGUGAUUCAUCACGGGAUGAAGAUUACUUUGACAGUCAAUAUGAUAGAUUAAUGUAUAAUGAUAGGAAUAGGAAAGUGUCUAAUAUGAAAAAGAAGGAUAACUAUUCUGAUUGCCAAUCCGAUAUAUUAGGACGUAAUAAUAGAGAUAAGAAAGAAUUAAAUAUGGGUAAAGGAGGCAAACGUUACGAAGAUACCGAUUCCAUUCGUGAUCAUUAUAAUUCGGAAAUCCAAUAUAACGUAUCAAAAAAGGAAUGUAGCCUUAAAAAAAGUGUUGAUAAAUCAAACAUUAAUACUGAUUAUUAUAAUUAUAGAAGUUCAUUUGACGUUUCGAAAAAUAAUAAGCUGUCGAAGGCAAAGUCUGAUAAAUCAAAGGAUGAUGAUAUUUAUUAUGGUUCCAGGACGUCCCUUGGUGUAAGAGGUGAUAGUAACAAUGAAAAAAGAAUUUUGAAUAAAAUAAGUGACCACGAUAAUUGUUAUUAUGGUUCUAAGUAUACAUCUAUUUCUUCAAAAGUAAAUAAUGAUGUGGCUAAGAAAUGUUAUAACAAAUCACGCGGGACUACUGAUAAGUGUGAAACUAGGAGCUUAUAUAGUGUAUUAAGUAGAAAUAGAUCUAGGAGAAGUCUUGAUAAAGGAGGUGCUCCUUCUAACUAUUAUAGUUCAAAGACUUUUUCUAAUGAAUCUAAUGACAAUAAGGUCGAUAAGAAUAUUUCCUAUAAAACAAACACGGUGUGCCAUUCUGGAAAACAAUUAAAAGUGUUAAGGGAUGCUAAAGCGAGUUCAAAGGGAAGUGUAAAUAAAAUAAACAAUGAAGAAAAGGGAAACGAAAAAAAUAAAGUUGAUUCCCACUUUAUGACAUCCUUUUAUUCUUUAGAAGACUACCCCCUAGGUAAGUAUAAGUCUUAUAAUUCAUUAAAAUCUGAUCAGAGCAACUUAGAUGAUCUAUAUGACGAAUUAGAUGAUGCUUACACACUGAAUAAGCGAUAUCAGGCAUUAAAAUGCAGUAAAGAAGGAUUCUAUGUGCAAAAUGAUGAUGUAAAAUAUGAUGAAAAAAAAUUUGGUACAGCUCAAAAGACAGUGGAAAGAUGUGAAAAAGUUGGUAAAAAGAAAUCCAAUAAAUCCAGAAAGAACGAUAAGAAAUGUCUGAAAUCACGUAAAGAAUCAGAAAUGGAUAUUGAUUUUUGGAAGUCAUGUUACACCUUCAAACGUAGAAGUUUUGCUUCUAAAAUAUCGGACUUAUUAGAACGAAAUGAUAAACCUAUCGGGAUAGAGGAAACAUUCAGACAUGAUAGGAAUUAUAAAGAUUCAAGUGAUAAAGCGAAAAACAAUAGAGAGAACCGUAAUAGAAAAUAUGGUUAUAGCGAAGGUAAUAACAGAAGAGAUGAUAAUGAAAGAAAUCAUAACAGAAGGAAUGAUAUAAAUGAUAACUAUGAAAUGAGCUUAGUAAACAUAAAAAGGAAUAAAAAGAGCUCUAUAAAAAAAGUAUUUUCAUAUAUAGGAAGAGAUGAAGAUGAACCCUCCAAAUCAAGAAAGGUUAAUGGGAAAUUUUUGUUUUUAAGGAUUUUAAAAUUUAUCAAAAAAAUAGAUUUCAUGUUUGAAUUAGAAAUAAUGAAAUCAGUGAGAUGUUCAAUAGGGAGUGAUACAUUCUUGAUUAAGCCAGAAACGAAUUUAAAUAAAUUAUUUUAUUACACCAAGAAAUGUAAAAUAUAUUCUCCAGUUUUAUUAACGUUAAUAUGUUUAUUCAUAUUUUACCUAGCCAAUUUACAUAACGUAGUCCUUGGUAUUGGUGUCAUACUUCUGGGCAUGAUGCUUUAUUAUUCUUUGAAAUUAUUAAAGUGCCAUAAAAUGAGAGAAGUGUUUAGAACUUUUAGCGAAACCAAUAAAUUCAGAAUAAGUUAG